AGCAGCUCCAAACCGCACUCUGAGAAACCGGUCUUCCUGGCCCUCCGAUUGGUCAACAGUAGGAAUGUUGUGUGUUUGGCCGUUACGUUGUAUUUGGUUGUCAAAUAUGCCAAAUACCAAGCGGCGGAGGUAGAUCUAUAUACUACAUGUGGAAAACUGUCGCCACAAAAACGACAAUCUUUCCCGCUGAAUCAACGACUGUUGUCAUUGCCGACAAUACGGGGCUCCGAUACAACCUUGUUACCUGCGACACUAUGUGAAGAUGCAGAAUCAGCGUACAAGCCCAGAUUGCUCAACCCCGAGGCAACUUAAGUACGAUCUUCGCCGGCGCGUUCUCAUAACGAAUUUCAUCAAAGAUCGUCAAUCGUGCGAGGUGUUUACGUCACCGACGAGGACACGAAUGUCUCGUAUGUGGGGAUACACGCUGUCACCUGGUCCAAAAAGUGUCGGACGAAUUGUGCCUACUGAGUUGCGCGUACCGUCUGCUGUGCCCGUUAUCAGAGAGAGAAGAGUAAAGUCGCCCAGAAAGAUCGGAUCUCUGCGAACGGGAAUUCUGAGGAGGCGCUCAAUGGAACGGACCGAAUCUUACAAGAAAGCUGUUUUGGAAGGUAAUCAAAACCUCGUCGACCCAGACGGCAACCAUACAAGAAAACGCGCGAGUGUAUCCGACGGCGCUCAAGAGAAACAACCGUCGCUCCUACGCUCGUAUUUGUCUACGUCUAGGCUUUUACCGAACAAGCCACUGUCAUCAAGUUAUCGGCAAGGUUUGCACGUUGCAUCAAGUAUUGCGUCAACAACUCGGCAGCAAAUCAAUCAUGCAUCGAGUAAUGUGUCACCAUUGCAGGCCAUCCCAAGACAUCCUAGGCCACUUCCAUUUAUAACACCGACCGAUGCUAAACUGCGGAGGAUUGGCACGGCACGGUGCGAUCAACAAGCAGAAGACUCCUGUACUAGGUUUGGCAACCCUGUACUUGCAGUCCCACCACUGAAAGUGCCUUCUUCAACAGUUUCAACACAUCCUUCAUUUACUCGUGUGCAUGUACCCCCGAGCAAGCCAAACGGUAAUCCGUUAGCCGCAUCGACGCCAAUUAAGUCGGAACAAAGUAGACCAAUUCCUUCGAAUUCGUCAGAUGAAGGUACAGCGCUGAUGUCACCGCCUUCACCAGUAGAAGAGGGUGUGGAAUGUGUCUCCAGGUCAACACAAACAUCGCCGCCACCAAAGAAACGUCGCAGUCUCCUGCGCAGAAGCUCCUCGUCGAAGAAGUCGGUCGAAAAAAUGUUGAACGGGGAAGGAGACAGAGAAAAGGACAAAGGGUUGAAGCGGAGGGCCUCCUUCUUGAAGACGCUGCUGAACAAGAUUCAGACGUCGAGUAACAGAGACGACACUUUAACUCCGUGCAAGUCGACCAAGAUUGUGAGGACUCGUUCGUUGAAAGAGAAUCGUGCUCCUACACCGGGAAAAAUAUUAACGCGGCCAAAGAGAGCCGCUAGUAUGAGAGGACGCUUUUCCGAUCCGCAGUCUCGGAAAUGAAAUGUUUUUGCAUUAUAUUCGUUUAAUGAA